ACGAGCACACUGACUGAACAGACCGCAGACAAGUUGACAGACAAGCUACUGACAUAUCCGUGUCACUGAGAGUAAAUUUCAACGGUGAUGUGUAGGCUUUGUUUUUAGUGAUGAAUGCAGGGGUUGAAACUAAGUAUGCUGUUGGUAAUGAAAUUCCUGCCAGAUAAGGUUUUCACUAAGACAACAUGCCAUCCAGGAACCUGCGAGAUACCAAGGUUCCAUCUCAUACCGCUCAGUACCUCGCUACUUUGGCCGUGUGCACCGGAGCCCUAGGCAUGGGCGCGACUCUCGGCUACAGCUCGCCGGCAGGACCUCGCAUGAUGGCCAAUUCAACUUCAGAUGACCUGACCGUUACACUGAGUCAGUUCAACUGGGUGUCAUCGAGUCCUUCACUGGGCGGCGCGGCGGGCGGGCUGAUAGCGGGCGCGGGCGUAGACUGCGUCGGUAGGAAGGGCGCCAUCUUGGUCUUCUCGCCCGUGUUCCUUUUUGGGUGGCUCAUGAUCGCCCUGGCGCGAGACGUGGCCAUGCUCCUGGUGGGACGGCUCGCCUGCGGGCUGGCCGUGGGCGCCGUGAGCAUCGCCGUCCCUACCUUCGUCGCCGAAAUCGCGUCGCCGGAUAUCCGCGGUCUGCUCGGCAGUGUUUUCCAGGUGAUGGUCACUACAGGCAUCCUCUCCGUUUACGUUCUUGGGGCCGUGAUACCUUCGUGGAGGAUUCUAGCCGGCGUGUUUGCAGUACUUCCUGUUUUGACUUUCGUCUCCGUCUUUUUCCUGAAGGAGUCUCCUCUUUAUCUCAUCUCCAAAGGGAAGGAAGACAAGGCAGCAGCGUCUUUAAAGUUUUACAGAGGCAAGCACUACGCCGUAGCGGACGAACUUCAGGUCCUGAAAGAUUCCCUUGAGGAGUCACGCCAGAGGAAAGCGUCAGCGAAGGAUCUCCUGAAAUCCCACAACCUGAAGCCUUUCCUCAUUACUCUCGGCGUUUUCCUCCUUACUCAGUUCUCCGGGAUUACCGCCAUCUUGUCGUACAUGUCUUCUAUAUUUCAGGAAUCCGGAAGCAAUCUCUCCAAUGGUGUAAGCUCCUCGAUCAUCGCUGCAGUGAUGGUUGCAAUGUCGGUGAUUUCUAGCGCUCUCGUGGACAAAGCCGGCAGAAAAGCGCUACUUGUUAUUUCGGCAGCGACUAUGGCGAUCGCUUUCAAUAUCUUGGCCCAAUACUUUGCGGGCAAAGAGAGCCAUCGCGCUUGGAUCGACGGCGCGGCGUGGGUCCCUCUCGCCUGCCUCGUUCUCUUCGUGUCAGCUUUCAGUGUCGGAUUUGGACCUAUUCCUUGGCUCCUGCUGGGUGAACUCUUUUCCCCCGAAGUCAAAGACGUGGCAGUUAGUCUCGUCCAAGUAAUCAACUGGUCAACUGCCUUUCUCACCACACUUAUCUUUGCCCCUUUGCAAACUUCCCUCGGCAACGCGGGCAUGUACCUUCUCUUCAGCGGCUUGUGUGUUCUCGCUCUCGCCUUCUCCGCCUUCCUGGUUCCCGAGACGAAGGGCAAGACGCUGCAGGAGAUCGCGGCCCACUUCGGAGGUUCUCCUGUGGCAGGAUCCCCACAGGAGAGACAGAAGGAGGGUUGAAAGGGAAAUUCAAGAGACGAGCGACGUGAUUUAUGAUAUCGUUCCCUCUUGAUUACGUCUUUGUAAACGUUCCAGAAUUUGAAGCAUAUUAAUACCAAGAAAAA